UGCGUGCCCCGUCCUUUCGGUCCCGGCGGCGGCUGCAGCGCUGAGCGAGCGGCGCCCACACUCCCGGCUCCCGUCCGCGCCUCCGCUCCGCUCUCUCCGCGCCCCCGGCUCCCCGCGCCGCCGCCGCCAUGACGGAACAGGCCAUCUCCUUCGCCAAGGACUUCCUGGCCGGAGGCGUCGCCGCCGCCAUCUCCAAGACGGCCGUGGCCCCCAUCGAGCGGGUCAAGCUGCUGUUGCAGGUGCAGCAUGCCAGCCAGCAGAUCACGGCCGACAAGCAGUACAAGGGCAUCAUGGACUGCAUCGUGCGCAUCCCCAAGGAGCAGGGCGUGCUGUCCUUCUGGCGGGGCAACAUGGCCAACGUCAUCCGCUACUUCCCCACCCAGGCCCUCAACUUCGCCUUCAAGGAUAAGUACAAGCAGGUGUUCCUCGGGGGCGUGGACAAGCACACCCAGUUCUGGAGGUACUUCGCCGGCAACCUGGCCUCGGGCGGGGCCGCCGGGGCCACCUCCCUCUGCUUCGUGUACCCCCUGGAUUUCGCCCGGACCCGGCUGGCGGCCGAUGUGGGCAAGUCGGGGGCCGAGCGCCAGUUCAAGGGGCUGGGCGACUGCCUGGUGCAGAUCACCAAGUCCGACGGCAUCCGGGGCAUGUACCAGGGGUUCAACGUCUCCGUGCAAGGCAUCAUCAUCUACCGGGCGGCCUACUUCGGGGUGUACGACACGGCCAAAGGCAUGCUCCCCGACCCCAAGAACACCCACAUCUUCAUCAGCUGGAUGAUCGCCCAGUCGGUGACGGCCGUGGCCGGCGUGGUCUCCUACCCCUUCGACACCGUGAGGCGACGGAUGAUGAUGCAGUCGGGGCGCAAAGGAGCCGACAUCAUGUACACGGGCACCAUCGACUGCUGGCGGAAGAUCUUCAAGGACGAGGGCGGCAAGGCCUUCUUCAAGGGCGCCUGGUCCAACGUCCUGCGGGGCAUGGGCGGGGCCUUCGUGCUGGUCCUGUACGAUGAGCUGAAGAAGGUCAUCUAGGCGCCCGCCCGCCGGACACGGGCCCAGGGCCGCCCGCCCAGCCCCUCACGGUUACGGACCAUUGACCUUCCGGAAAUUCCACGUCCCCGCGGCCAGAUCACGGUAGCGCCGGCGGGACCUAGGACCAGACCCUUCCUCCGAUCAUGACCACUGACACCCCAUUCCACGCCUCGACGGGGAGGGCGCCCCGGCCCCAGGGUCCCCGGCAGGCCCGCCCCCCCCCCUCGCAGGCCGCGUGUGUAGCGUUUAUUUAAAGGAAAUCGUGCGCCAUCUGUGCUUCCGCGCUGUCCUCUCUGCACAGCUGAGUAUCCGCAAACCCCUUCUGUCGGGCAUUCCGCCGGCAAUUAAACCCAGACACGGAGA